UUAUCUUCAAUAAUUCCGGUCUUCACAGAGUGGAUUUUCAUAUGUUGUUUUGAUAUGGCGGAAACUGUUUGUGUCACUGUUUCUGGACCAGCAUUAUCGUUUUUGCUAUGCGAAAGCGUAAAAUGUCCUGGAAAUCAGGUAGGGCUGCUGCUUGGAGCUGUCAUGAACCAUGUGACGGACACUAUAAGUGACUCCCACAUGAACAAUGAAACCAUGGAAACUCUCAUUAAUAUACAUUCUGUUAUGCCAUUUUUUAAACCAUUCCCAUUUUACAAUGGACUGGGAAAAAUUGACAGAAACAAGCUGAAGGCAUUUCUGAAGGACAGAGAGAAGGAGGUGGUGGGCUGGUACUGCUUCCGGCGCGCCAUACCGCUUGCCCCGUACCUGAGAGACAGGCAACUGCACAAGGAGCUGUGCGCGGCCAUGACGCACCUUUCGCCAGACGUGUUCACCAUGUGCCUGCUGAGCUCGGUGGUGCUGAAGCCGGCCGUGGGCGCCACCCACGCCUUCUCGCACAAGUUCUUCCGCUACUGCCACGGGAGCUUCAAGCCACUGUCCGUGAGCAUCCAGAACCUGGGCGGUACGUCGCAGUCAGAGUACAAGAUGGUUCCUAGCAUAGCGUGUGCAUCUGCUACCUUCAAUAACAUUGUAGACUCAGUGAGGUCCAGCUACCGCGACAGUUCCCCCAAGGACCUGAUGCUUCGUGUGCAGCGCGCGCUCCAGGACCACCUGCGCAACCUGCUGACAGACGUCGAAGCCGUCGAGAACGACAUCACCGACAUGGAGGCGCAGAUAGCCAGCCUGCGGGCGCACGUCGGCUCAGUGCCCAACGAAAUAUUGCUGCCACAGCUGCUGAAAGAGGAGCCUUUAUCUACAGCCACCAUCAUAGACUUGCAACCAGUAGUGAACAAUGAAGUCAAUCGUACUACUACGAAACCUUUGUGUGAUAACAGUGGAAAGUUAAUCAUGAACCAAACUGAACUCAAAAUAGAACCAAGUUAUUCUGUCACUCCUACUAAAAGCAAACGUGAACCAAGCCCUAGUUCUUCUUAUGAUCCAUUUUCCUUCACUACAGAAAUGAAAAUAGACGUGGGUUCGACAAAAAGUCCUGUUCUGGUCAGCGGUGGCAAAACUCUGCGAGGCGUGGGGAGAGGACAGCGGAAGAAGCAGGCGGGCGGCGACGUGGGCGGAGACCGCCCCGAGGUACUCCAGACGCGACGUAAACCGAGCAGGGGACAGACAUCCCCGUCCAAGGAGACCAUCAUCCCCAUCUCUGUGGAGGAGAUCAGCCCCAGCGACCAUGGGAAGUCAUCCCCUCCUCGCCGGAGAAGUUCCCCCCUGCAGCCGUCCUCGCCGGGCAAGGCACCGCAGUCCCCUCCUUCCAGCAAGAAGACGGCGCGUGCGAACCGAGAGGAGUCGACGCCUGGCGUCAAGGCGGCCGCGGCGAAGGGAGCGAAGGGAGGGGCUCCGAAGCGAGCGGAGCAGGUGGAGGAGACGUGCAACAGCGUGGGAAAGGAACUGUCGCCGCGCGUGGUGUUGAUCCCGGUACAGCUGGAGGGAGACUGUUCGCGCCCGAGGCAGCGCUCGGUGUCCACACGCACCAUGGCGCAGGUGGUGAGCGGGGCGGAGCGCCAGGAGCAGUGAGAUGAGCAGGCCCGUUCCCUCGCUGCGAGGUUUGCGAUCAGUGCAACACCCAACACAGCACGUAUUGUGUCGUUAGUUUAGCUAUGUUUAUACAGAGUAUUGUCGAGCAAACAACCUUGUAGACGUGCCUUUUGCGCUGUGCUUUAGGUUUUGUCUUGUCAACCAAGCAGAAAGUAUUUAAAUUGUGCGAGUGAAGUUCUUACCUGACAAUGAUUGUUGUGUUACGUUACCAUCAAUAUUAUAUUUUGAUUACAAGAUUAACGGUGAAAUAAAAAUGUUAUUUAGAAACUAGUGCUACGUGUUAUCAAUAGGGUUGCAAAAUCUCAUUAACAUAUAAAUAUAGCAAUUUCAAAGUAAAUCAUUGUGUAAAUGUUAUUGCGUGCUGUGAUGAAGCAGGAUAAUGAUUCAUAUUGUAGCUCAUUAUUUUAGAGUUACAUGAAAUAGUUGUUAGUUUGUAGACAUUAUCAGCAAUUUAAUUUUAUAGACAGCUAUAGAAAUUUUUUGAGUAAUCAGUUUUCAUAGCUAAUUUUGGUACGAGAUAUGAUUAGUGGAAAUUGGAAAAUUGGUUGAUAGGUAUCUAGAGUGUGAAACCUUUUUACAUUUAAACUGAGUGCCUUUGGCUACUUCGUGAAGUGAUUAGUAUUUAUUUAACUUUUUCUAGUGGAAAUUUUUUAGAGAAUGGCUUUUGUGUAAUUUAAUAUCUUAAAUUUGUCAUAAUUUGUUACGAUGAUUUUCCAGUGUAGUCUGUAUAAUAGGAAAAGCACAGUAGUUCUCUGACUAAUUUUAACAAAAUGUUGUUGAUUGUGUGCUGAAGAAUUUGAAAGAUAAUUUUUUGAUCUUGGUAGUUCUUAAAAAUGUAAUAGGAAAAGGUUUUAUUUAUUUAUUUUACAUGAGAUAGUGGGAAGUUGUUAAUUACCCAAUUGUUUUAUUUUCCAUGUGAGUUAAAAGAAAUUAAGUUAUGCAGCAUUUUUUUGAAAUUGGCUUUUAGUUUAGUUUAGUAAUCAAAUUUGUUUUAGUAUUUUUAAUUAAGUUGAUAAUGUUUUCUUACUAUUCUUUUAGUGGAGUACAUUUUUUUUUUUUUACAUCUUGAAAGUAAAAUUUAUGUUUUUACCCUUAAUGUUUAUUUAUUAAAAGUACUUACCAACUUGAAAUUUUUAUUGCUAUAGUGUCUACAAAUUUAACAAUAUUCAGUGGAAAUGUUUUUGUAAUGAUAUGUAAUAUUCUUAACCCCAUUAAAUGUGAGCACUA